GAUUCUGAUGCACAAAAAUACACCUUGAGACGUAGAGUAGUUGUAUUUUAUUAGAGCAACAAUUUUUUUACUGUUAAAACUACACAUUCCAAGUGGGAUCUUACAAAGAGGAUCAUCUUGAAGUUUUAGACCCUUGACCCAGUGCAACUUUGUCAACAUGAAGAAAAAGGUUCUGCUGAUGGGCAAAAGCGGUUCGGGUAAGACGAGCAUGCGGUCUAUCAUAUUUGCAAAUUAUAUAGCUCGAGAUACAAGGCGAUUAGGAGCCACAAUUGAUGUUGAACACUCGCAUGUAAGGUUCCUAGGAAACCUGGUUUUAAACCUGUGGGACUGUGGAGGCCAGGAGGCCUUCAUGGAGAACUACUUUGCAUCUCAAAGAGACAACAUUUUUAGAAAUGUUGAAGUACUCAUCUAUGUAUUUGAUGUGGAAAGUAGGGAAAUGGAAAAAGAUAUGCACUACUAUCAAUCUUGCUUAGAAGCUAUUUUGCAGAAUUCACCAGAAGCAAGAAUAUUCUGCUUAGUGCAUAAGAUGGAUUUAGUACCUGAGGAACAGAGGGAAGAAAUAUUCAAAGAGAGAGUUGAGGACCUGAAGAGGCUUUCAAAGCCUUUGGAGUGCACAUGCUUCCGAACUAGCAUAUGGGACGAAACACUUUACAAGGCAUGGUCAAGCAUAGUCUACAAGUUAAUUCCUAACGUUAAGGCUUUAGAAUCGUCACUCAAACAGUUCGCUCAGAUAGUAGACGCUGAUGAGGUAUUGCUGUUCGAGCGAGCUACGUUCCUGGUAGUGUCGCACUGCCAGCGGCGGCCUCACCGCGACGCGCACCGCUUCGAAAAGGUUUCCAACAUCGUCAAACAGUUCAAGUUGUCGUGCUCCAAACUCGCCGCUCAAUUUCAGAGCAUGGAGGUCCGCAAUAGCGUGUUCGCAGCAUUCAUCGAUGGGUUCACGAGCAACACAUACGUCAUGGUCGAGAUGUCCGACCCCAAGAUCCCCUCCGAAGCGACCCUGAUUAAUAUCCGCAACGCGCGCAAACAUUUUGAGAAACUCGAAAAGGUUUCUUCCAGUGCACCAAGCCAGUACCAAUGAAAACGGAGGACGAUCUAGUAGUGAAAUAGCAAAUUUUAAUAUUGUUGAGCUGUGCCAAGCGCAGAUAUAUUCUUUGUAGCGACGAGAUCCAUAUGACUAGUUUGUAUACAUUGUCCAUCAUGAUUUCUUACCCAAAAGCAUAAAUGCCGGGAAUCUCGACAUCUUUCAUUUAAAAAAUUAGUUCCACAAUUUCAGUUUGUAUUACUUUAAUUUUUUUUUUGUAGUUCCUCCUCCAUACUGUAAACUCCCGGCAAACUUGCUACAAUUUUUGGGUCAUUAUAUUAGCUACGGCAUGCAAACAAAUGACAAGUUAUUUAUUUGAGAAGGCUAGGGAAAUAUUUUAUGCCACCGAUUUGUUGAUUUCGCACUUGUAUCACGUUUACGACUUUUGUUUGCUUCCAAAUUAAUUUACCGAUAAGUUAAUUAUUUUAAAGCUAAGAAUCUAAAAAUAAUUUAAUUCACGUACAUUUCAUGGAUUGCGUCUUCUUUUUACAUCUACACUCACAGUGGCAGAUUAACCGCGUGAUUUUGACGAUGUAUUCUUGAACCGCGAAGUCUUUUAGUAUGUAUAUUGAACACGUACCUUUGUAAAAUUUAAGCAUAAGAUUACUUACUGUUAUAUCCAAUAUGAUUGUAGCUUAGAAAGAAAAUUCGAAAACGCGUUAGGUUUUUUUUUCGCAUAAUACCAAACAUUUCUCUAUGAUUUAUUUUGAACGCGUAUUAGAGUUGUCUAUUUUAUAUGUUAACCGAGCUAUAUUUUGUAUCUGCUAAUGCAAACAAACUAAAGCAAUUUAAUUAUGUAAUCUCUUACAAAAUGACGCAAAUUAAUAUGUCACAAUUGAAAUACCAAGUGUACCAAAUAAUAAAAAGAUGCAGUCAGAGGUGUCAAUUGCUAAUCCCCUGAACCAUGUAAAGGUUGAAAAUGAACUAGAUGAUGAGACAACGGUACAUCAGACUACACAUUUUUGUUCGAAAAUCGCCUCCAGUGCAACGGAACAAGAUACGUCCAUGUGUAGCUUGAUGUGCUGGCGUGUGUACAUUAAUAGCCUUCGAAAAAUAAACCUUGCGAAAGGGUUUUUUAAACGUCAGAACGACUUUCGACCCUUUUAUUACGAACUUGCAGUGACGUCGUCGCUAGUGAUAACGUAAAAUAUUUUCCCUUGUUACGCGUUCAUAAUCAAAUUUUUGUAUGGUACUUGUAAACGGCACUAGAGCUCACAAAAGGCAACCUUUUUUACACAAACAUUUUACCCGAUUGCUAACGACAACUGUCAUUGUAAACUUAUGGUAUAGAGGCACAGGUGAACAUAUAUGAUCUAAAUAAAUAUGUCAGAUUUAGUUAUGAAAAUGUGAGCAAAUAGUUAACCAAUCAAAUGUAUUAUUAUUUAUAUGUAACACUGAACCUACAAAUUCAUGAAACAACCUAAUAUCAUUACCAAUUAUCCAUGUAUGAGUACGACACAACAUAUCACACAUAAAAUGAAAAAAACGAACUAUAAGUGACUUAGCCUAAAGAGUAUAUUAUAUAGCUAACCGAGCCAUCUUGUAGGCCAGUCGUUAGAUGUUUUUACUCGCAAAGGAGUAGGUGUGUGUGGUUUUUUGAAGACAUCACUAAAGAAGGAGUCUCUAUGGAUCUCCCAACCAAUCCGUGACUUCCAAAAGAAAAAUUAUAUAAAAUCGAAAAAUCUAAGGAGAUUUUUAAUUUUUAUA